UUCAGUAUAAGCAAGAAGAGAGAGCGAAGAUGGAGCUCUGUGUUAUCAGCACCACGACGACGACGGCUAAGGCGAUUAAUCCGUUUCUUCCUUCAAUUACACGUCGUGUUAGCUCCCGUCUCUUCCGAUUAGAUAGUGUGUUACAGUUUGGUGGGAGGCUGAAUAAACCAAUUAGCAGCGGCCCCUUGGAGACGAUGUCUUGCGUCUCCAGAAAAUUUGGGUUUCUCGGAGAUUCUAUGUCUCACGGUGGUGAUUUCAGGCGAUUCGCGGCGCCUUCUCCUGCGGUUGAAACGAGCGUGAAGGAAGACAAGCUUCCAGCUGAUCUUAAGGUCACCGAGACUGUACAGGCGAAUUCAAGUGUGAAAUUGAGUGUGGAAGUUCCAAAAAUUGUAUGUGAAGAUUGUUACCAACGAGUUCUAACUGAGUUCAUGAAGCUCUCAAAGGUUCCUGGAUUCCGUCCUAAAACGAGAGUUCCAGAGAAUAUUAUUGUUGGUUUCGUUGGGAGGCCAUACGUUUUGAGAGCAACUGUUGAAUCUAUCUUGAAGAGAACACUUCCACACGCCAUGGAGUCGGUGACUGGAAGGGCUCUAAAAGACUCGAUACAGAUUGUAAGCAGCUUUCCAGAGAUGGAGAAGGCUUAUUCUCAGCUCAAGACUCUUAGUUAUGAGGUGGUAGUUGAUGUUGUCCCUGAACUAAGAUGGAAUCCUGAGGAUGGGUAUAAGAAUAUGAAGGUUGUUGUAGAAUUAGGCGAUGAGAUAGAUGCAAAAAAAGCUUGUGAAAGACAACUAAGACAGAAAUACAAGUCCCUUGGUGCAUUGAAGAUUGUGACUGACCGAGGACUACAGGUGGGAGAUCUUGCAGUUGUUGAUAUUUCGGCUACAACUAUAGAUGAGGAUGGGUCAACGGGUCAAGCGAUUCCAGAUGCUGAAAGCAAAGGAUUUCACUUUGACACUGAGGAAGGGAAUAGAUUACUUCCUGGAUUCCUUGAUUCAAUCACAGGAAUUCGAGCAGGCGAAUCAAAGUCAUUCACGCUUGUGUUUCCUGAAUCAUGGAAACAAGAAAAUCUCCGAGGCCAACGUGCUCAGUUCACUGUCGACUGCAAGGAACUUUUCUACAGAGAUUUACCAACUUUAGAUGAUUCGCUUGCUGAUAAAUUGCUCCCUGGAUGCACCACUUUAAAAGAGGUUGAAGAAACUCUGUCUAAAAGAUGCCAAGAGAUGGAGGAGGAAGCUAAGGAGCAAGCUACAGACAAUGCCAUCCUUGAGCAGAUUCGAAAGAUGGUUGAAGUAGAGAUUCCUCAAUCUUUAUUUGAGGAACAAGGAAGACAGUUUUAUGGAGCUAGGCUUCUAGAGAUUCAGGGAAGCAUGAAGCUCACGGAAGACCAAUUGGCUUCACUUUCAAGUCAAAAAGCAGUGAAUGAGUUUCUCGAAACGCAAAGGGAAAGCAUUACCAACAUAAUCAAGCAGAAUUUGGCUGUUGGAGAUAUCUUCAAGCGCGAGAACUUAGAGUUCUCAACAGAUGAACUAGUAAAAGAGGUCGAGAACUCGAUCUCAGAAUUCAAGAAACAUAAACAAGAGUAUGACGAGGAGCGUGUGAAAGAUCAGGUACAAGAGAUUUUAGAAGGAGCAAAAGUGCUAGAAUGGUUGAAAGAACGAGCCGAGAUUGAAUACAUCACUCGUUGAUGAGCAUAUUGUAGGUAUGUUCUGUUUUUUUUUUUUUGUAUGAGCAAAAUGAGUCUUUUGAAUUAUUAUGAUUAUUUUGUCAUAAGAAGAGAACAUUUACUGUAUUUGAUGAUUGUUUGUAAGAUUAAUAGGUGCAAUAAAUCAUUUCCAAAACCCCUGUU